GACGAUACGCAACUCUACCUAUCCUUCCCGCCAGGCGAUCCCACCGUCGACAUAAAGUUGUUACUGUGAUGUAGAGACAGAGCUCAGUUAAAACUUUAUGGAUGAAAGAUACUUUUGUUAUGUGAGUAAACUGGGUUCAUUUCUGGACAGAUUGUACUCUCACAUUUAAGAGGAAACUUAACAGGACAGACAAUAAGGCAAAGUUCACUUUACUUGCAUUAGUCAGGCAGGGUCAAAAUAACAUGUAAAUAGUAAGGGUGAAAGGCAAACAAACGACAAUCCGAUAAUCAGAAAAAGGUCCAGGAAACAGACCAACUGGGUCAUGGCAUGAGUGGAACAAACAAAAUCAAACUAUGAAUAGUAGACUGCAAGGCUGACGUGUUCAGACAGUCUGGCAAUGAACUAGUGACUAGGGGCUGGUAUAACUUCAGAGACUAAUGAGGAUAAUGAGCUACAGGUGAGGAGAUGGGCGGGGCAGCCAGGUGAAGGGAGUGAGGAGAUUGAUCAUGUCCUCACUCCCUUCACCUAGUAGGAGGAACAACUGGAAUCUGAAAUGAACUGAGACGUAAAAUGAAUCAGAUGACAUGAUGGAACUCACCUGUGAAACUAGGAGACAAAGUGUGUUCGUGUUGAGCGAGUCUGAUCUGAGGUCUGUUCACAGCUCAGAUCCACUGGAGCAGUUCAGCUGUUAUCUACCUGAUGAACAGCCUCUAACUCUAAAGGUCAGACACACUGUUAAAACGCUAACUUAGUUUUUUAGCAUUAAAAGGGAUUUUUAAGUUUUGCAGACUUAAAAUUCUAAAUUAUUAACAUUUGACGCAUUGACUAAGUCAGCCUAGCAAUUUAAAAAGAUUUUUUUUUAUCCAAAUUAUUUAUUUAAGUUGUGCUUCAGUUCUUGGGGUGAAAGUUUAGAAAACACAUAUGGCUUUGUUGUAAAAUUGUGGGAAAGCCAACUUUCACAGUUGAUGUUUGUCCUCCCACUUCUGACUGGCUGUUACGGAUCAGACUUGAGAGCACCCAGGCAGCUGACCCAGAAGAGCAGCAGACUAAAGAGCUUAUUGUGGGCAACCUCACUGUGUUCGAGGAUGAUUCAGCUCCUGCAAGUGUUGCAAACAUUUGUGAUGUCAUAGAAUAAGACAUCAUCAUCCAAGAUCUCUGACCUGCCUGAACAGCAUUUGUCUACCUCUCUAGACUGAUCUAUGCUUUAAACCUUAAAGGAACUGAGGUACACAUUUGAGACAAUUCAGAGAACCAAAUUCCAUGCGUGAAUCCAGUGUGUUCAGUUAUGAGCUGGUAGCGGACUGUUGGAUCCUGGACAGUUUUGAAUUUCACAAAUCUCUGUUGGCCGUUGUGUAAUAAUAUUUUAAUGGUUCAUAUAUUUUUAAUGAGAUGGAUCCUCCUCCACAUCUUCUGAUUUGCUUUUUUCCCUCUUUCUCUUAUUUUCAAAUUCCCUCUCUCAACCUUUCUUCUCUAACCCUCCCUCCAAGUUGUCAAGCUUUCUGUGUUCUCUGCUCCUUUUCUUUAUCUCAAGUUCCCUUUCCACCUGUCUUGUAGACACUACUUCUAUGCGCUGUUUUAUAUCAACCCAUGAGCUACCUCUUUUGGUGCAGAGUUGGUGAUCCAGUAUAAGGGCAAAACAUGGUACGAGUAGGAGAACGCCACCUGGCCCAGCUGGCCCAGACGUGCGACCCAUGUGAUCAUACUCAAUGUGUGCAGAACUCUGUCCUCAACGGGACGAUAUUGUGUUUCCCCAGUUUGUCCAACUCCACUCCUGUCCUGCAACACCAGAGAGACAUCAGGGACAUCAGAGCGUUCAGACACACCGACAUCUGGAUUUCAUCAACUCACUUCAGCAGAAAUCUGACAAUGAAGCUGGUAUCAGUCGUCUUCCUCCUCCUGGCUCCUCUGUUGAGCAGCUGCAAGCCCCUCGUCCUCCCACUGGACUGCAGUGACAUCUAUAACCAUGAUCGCAGUCGACCCAGUGGAGUGUACACCAUCUAUCCCAUCGGAGCCACCUCUGCUGUCCAGGUGUACUGUGACAUGGACUCACUAGGAGGACGGUGGAUGGUGUUCCAGAGGAGGAUGGACAGCACCGUGAACUUCUACAGGGGCUGGGAUCAGUACAAGAUGGGCUUUGGUAUCGCUGCUGGAGAGUACUGGCUCGGUCUUGAGACUCUCUUCCACCUGACUCUGAGGAAGAAGUACGAGUUGCUGGUCGACAUGGAGGACUUCAGUGGAAACAAAGCGUUCGCUCGUUACUCCUCGUUCUCCAUCGACCCAGAGUCCUACGGAUACAGACUGCAUGUAUCUGGAUUCAGUAAUGGAGGGGCAGGAGACUCAUUGAGUAUUCACAACGGACAGAAGUUCUCCACCUUUGACAAAGACCAGGACUCCUCCUCUAGCAACUGUGCCAGAUCAUACCUGGGGGCGUUCUGGUACAACAACUGUCACCAUACAAACCCCAACGGGGUUUAUCGUUGGGGGGCUGACAAGACCAUCUUUGCUGUUGGAGUGGAGUGGUACCAUUGGAAGGGUUAUGACUACUCCCUGAAGGCCAUCAGCAUGAAGAUCCGUCCUGUGCAGUAGUUCUCCAGGACCAACGUACAGCAGAAUAUCAGCAGCUGAUCUCUCUCUCAUUUCUUUCUCUUCUCUCAUUAAGCAUGUAAUCUCACAACGGGCCUUAUUUUCCUGAAACUGGGCACGAGCACAAUCCACCAGCAGCAGAACACCAACUCAGAUUAGUCCUUUUUGUUACCAUCUGUGUGUGUGAGCAGCUGCUGGCUGGAAAGUCUUCAGUCAAACAGCUGUUGGUGUAGAGAAAUGAGUCUCUGCUGGUUCAGAUGUUACCUUCAGUCUGCUGGCUGCAACUAAACACACUCAGCUUUAAAGUCAAACUCACUAGUUUCAACACAACAUUUGGUGGAGGUUUGAAACCCUAAUGUGAAUCAUUAUCUGCUGUACGCUGACAAUAAAUGAGAAGCU